AGCUUUGGAGAGUGGUGCUCCAGUUUUGUCUCAACACCACUGGGAUACAACACAGUAAGCAUCUCAUCGUGUGUUGGUUCCUGUGGGCAAUCGGUGAAACCCUCCUGCCAUAAUCCAGAUGAUACACCUGAUUGAUGAGCGUAAAGUUGGAAGUUUGAGUUCUAGCCUGCCAUACAGUGCAUGGAAUACUCCUCCUGUCUCACACCCUUUUCCAAAAGGGCAAAGUCGGGAAAAACCCCACCCCUGAAUUUGUCGACAGCAGGUGACACACAGGAAUGAAAAGGGCUACUGGAGUGGCAAUCGAAAGAUUUUGUGUUAGUUAAGCAGGGACUAAAUAAAAGUCACCCGUCUUCCCCCCCCCCAACCCCUCCACGCGGACGCAGAGAGAGGAAGGAAGGAAGGAAGGUGUUUUGUGGCGUCGUUGGACAGAGCCUUCCAAACCAAAAGAGCGAAAUCCGACCCACGUCAUGUGGAAUGAGAGCCGAAGGUAAUUAACGGCGCAACCGACAGAGGGAUUGAAAGAAAGACAAGACAGAGAAAAGAAAGAAGGAAGGAAAGAGAAAAGGAAAGAAGGAAGGGGCGGUGCACAUGUUGCUGGAGAGCUGGAGGGGGCAGCAGUGCGUGAAACCUGCUCCAAGUAGGAAGACGAUUAAAACCGAAAGAGAGACAGAAAUCAGCCACGAGAACAGCCUUUUUUUAAAAAAAUAUUUUUUUGUAAAUACCUCUCGGGGGCACACCAGAAUUUAUAUUUUUUUUCUUAAGAGAAACGUUUAUUUCCUCCUCUCGCUGAUCGUGAACGAUUUGUAGCCAGCACGUUAUAAAUAUCUGUAUGUUGAUAUCUAUUGCCCAUUCGGAAAGUUGAAGUUGUUUCAGUGCGUGCGGGCGGGCGGGGGGGAGGGAGAGGGAGCAAUGAGGGUGAAAGUCGGCUUCCUCUUGCGGAGUUUGCUGAUCAUCGGGACUUUCCUGGCGCUGAUGGGGCUCUGGUCCAAGCUUCUCUCAUCCCAGAACGAGGAUAACAACCCCUUCGAGCGGCAGAUGCCUGGAAGAGAUAACAACAACCAUCUGCCAAAUGUUGGAGGUAAUGGACAUGCUGUGAAUAAAUUUCAGCCUGUUGUCCCUUGGCCGCAGGUUGAGGGCGUAGAAGUGGACCUAGAAUCUAUUCGACUGAAAAAUAAAAAUGCAGGACAACAGCAUGUUGCUGACAAUAACCAACAAAAUGCAAUACAAAAACAGUAUGUUACUUUUAAACCCCAGAAACAUGUUUACUCUGAUCCAGUGUUGAGAAGUGGUGUUUUGGGGAACUUUGAGUCCAAAGAGCCAGAACCUCAGGGUGUCGUCAAUGGUCCUGGAGAAGGAGCAAAACCUUUUAUAUUGGGAUCUGAAUAUAAAGAAGCUGUGCAAGCAAGUAUCAAGGAAUUUGGUUUCAACAUGGUGGCCAGUGAUAUGAUCUCGCUGGAUCGGACGAUCAAUGAUCUGAGACAUGAAGAGUGCAAGUAUUGGCAUUAUGAUGAUCGUCUCCUCACUUCAAGUGUUAUUAUUGUCUUCCAUAAUGAAGGGUGGUCAACCCUUAUGAGAACUGUCCACAGUGUGAUCAAGAGGACACCUAAAAAGUAUCUAGCAGAAAUAGUUCUGAUUGAUGACUACAGUAACAAAGCUCAUUUAAAGGAGAGGUUGGAGCAAUAUUUGAAACAGUGGAAUGGGUUAGUCAAGGUAUACCGAAAUGAAAGAAGAGAAGGAUUAAUUCAAGCAAGAAGUAUUGGUGCUCAUAAAGCAACCCUCGGUCAGGUACUGAUAUAUCUUGAUGCUCACUGUGAAGUUGGACCAAACUGGUAUGCGCCACUGGUAGCUCCCAUUGCUGCAAACAGAACUACAUGCACAGUUCCCCUUAUAGAUUAUAUAGAUGGUAAUGACUUUACCAUUGAACCACAGCAAGGUGGGGAUGAGGAUGGUUUUGCCAGAGGGGCCUGGGAUUGGAGCUUGCUGUGGAAGCGUGUACCAUUAAACAGUCGUGAAAAGGCCAGAAGAAUGCAUAAAACUGAGCCUUAUCGGUCCCCAGCUAUGGCUGGAGGUUUGUUCGCUAUUGAACGAGAUUACUUCUUUGAACUUGGGCUGUAUGACCCUGGCCUUCAAAUCUGGGGAGGUGAAAACUUCGAGAUAUCUUAUAAGAUAUGGCAGUGUGGAGGCAAGUUGCUGUUUGUACCUUGCUCUCGUGUUGGACAUAUUUAUCGUCUACAUGGGUGGGCAGGAAAUCCACCGCCUGCUCAUGUUGGGUCAUCCCCAACAUUAAAGAAUUAUGUUCGUGUUGUUGAAGUUUGGUGGGAUGAAUACGCCGAGUACUUUUAUGCAAGUCGUCCAGAAACAAAAGCCAUGGCUUAUGGAGAUAUAUCUGAGCUCAAGAAAUUUCGUGAAGAACACAACUGCAAAAGUUUUAAAUGGUUUAUGGACGAAAUAGCUUAUGACAUUCCAGACAAUUACCCACUGCCAGCUAAAAAUGUAGAAUGGGGAGAGAUCAGAGGAUAUGAAUCCGAUUAUUGCAUUGACAGCAUGGGCCAUACCAAUGGUGGGUUUGUCGAGCUGGGACCUUGCCACAGAAUGGGAGGGAAUCAGCUGUUUCGAAUCAAUGAAGCCAACCAAUUGAUGCAGUAUGACCAGUGCUUGACCAGAGGACCUGAUGGCUCAAAGGUUAUGAUUACACAUUGUAACAUGAAUGUAUAUAAAGACUGGCAAUACUUUAAGACUUUGCACAGAUUCACACACAUUCCCACGGGCAAGUGUUUGGACCGCUCUGAAGUUGAUCACAAGGUUUUCAUCUCUGACUGUGACUCUGCGAAGGCCACACAAAAGUGGGAGAUGAACAACCUUCUCGCAGUGUAGAACUAUACUGGCAGCUGCUCAUAGUUUGUCAAAUAUAUGUACAAGAUGGAGAAUUAUCUGUAUAUUGCUGCAAAAAAAAUGUACAGCUCGGUUUGUAAAUAUUUUUGACACCCUUUUCAAUGAAGGUUCCAGAUAAACUGUGAUAAUGUAAUAUGAUAGCCAAUAUCAUGUAAUUACAAAAUGACACUCUUUUUUUGUUACCUUAAAUUCUUAGAUGUUUAUAACUUAUUCUGCUGUCAUCUUGAGACAUGUUGCAUCUUCAUAGGAAGGUGCAGACCUAUUUUCUUUGGGAUUACACUCAGGGCGAUGAACAAAGGUGGCUUUUCCUCAAUAAGUUUGUUUCAAUGAGUACGUUGUGAUCAGGGUCAUCAAUUUGCCCCAAUAAGGCAAGCCCAGGAAAUUGAGAUCUGAAUGUUCCAGUAUGUUUGGUUAAAUGGGAUGCACAAAGCCCGAGAUUGUUUUUAAUUCUGUUUAAUUCACCCCCUGCAAGAAUCUUAGAUAUUCUGAUGAGAAUUUCAGCAAGGUUCCAAUGGCUCUCUCAUUUUCAUUCUUCAAGUGGGAGGGAUUAUUGUAAAUUUCAGCACAAUCUUGGCGAAUGCUGAACAAUGUCUGAUGCUAAAAGACAAAAGUGUUAUUUUUGUGGAAAUCAUUAAUUAGUCUGGAGUGCCAGAAAUGCCUCUUUUUUUUUUGAGCCAAUGCAGAAAUAUUAUAGACCAGCAGAGAUCUUGGUGACCAUGGGCGCUUGCUUAGAUUGUAAACUGUUAUUGAAGCUCUUCAGGCUUUCUUGGCCAAAUAGAUUCAAGAGUCUUAUGUGUGCUUCUGGUUUUCAACAUUUGUCUGAAAUUGAUCAUAAAACCACUUAAAUUUCUGCUGUGAUCUUGCCUAACCCAUGUUUCCAGCUUAUUUCUUGCUUUGCUGUUGUUUGACAGUGGAGUCAAAAUGCCUAGACACUGCUUUUAGCUCCCAUUUUUAUUGAAUGAACUUAAGUUUUCUUAAGGUAAGUCUUUGUUUUAAUUCCUAAAUUAGUGACUGCAUUUUUAAGCAUUUUGGGAUUGUUGCUCGGGUUUCCUUCACACUGAUUCUGCAAAAUGAUUUUGCGCGUGCAAAUAUUGACACCUUUGAGGAAAUCAGCUAAUCUUGAUAAACUCUGUGCCGUAUUGAAAUAUAUUUUUCUAUAACAUACUUGAAUGUGGGUAGAAAUAAAGGUAUUUAACUUAGUUCUUUAGUAUAAUGCUGCAGCAACUCAUCACAAGAAAGAAAUAACUUAUUUUUUCCUAAACACUACCACAGAAAAAUGGAUUGGCCUGAAAUUCUUUGAAGAUGCUGUACUUCACUCCUGUGGUGCUAUUGGAUAACAAGUACAAAAUUAAUCUGCCAAAACACAUCCUUUGUAUUUAAUUCAUGUUUUACAUUGUUAUGCAAGAUGAUUUUUCACUUUGGUUAUGCAAAUUGUAAAUAUUCUCAAAAAUAGCAAUUUCUGUACAAACUGUAUAAUUGGGCAGGGCUGUUUAAUUGAGAAAAAACUGGGAUUAAAAUGUUAUGGUGGUCAGAAAAUCAAACCAUAGUUCAUUCUGCUGUAAACUUGUUCUGGACUUAUCACUAAGCCAAAUAAAAAUCCACUACAACUUUGUGAAUGCGA